AUGGAACAGUUGGCGCAUUUCGUCUCGAAGAGCUUCAUCGCCGUCAGCCCCGAAGAGGACGACAACGAAUCGGACGAUGCCCGCGCCACCAGCGUGCCACUGAAGCGUGCUCAGCAGCAGCAGGACGAGGAUCGGGCCGACCUCGCGAGCUCCCAAGCCAACAACAAGAGACUGACCGCCAAGAUGACGUUGCUGAGCGUCGCCCGACUGGUCGGUCGAGACGACAACGACAACGUGCCAGCCGACAAGAGCGACAGGUCCGAGAACGAGGAGAAGCAGCUGUCGCAGGACGAGGACGAGCCAAGAGUGCGCGUCAAGCUGCAGGACAAAGUGAGUGACGAGCAGUUGGACGCGGAUCGGAUUCGGAGCAACUCGUCCAGGGACGAGUCGCGUGACUCUUCGGAGCUUCGACAGGAGACUGAGCCAAACAACCAAAUGGACGUUGAUUCCAAUCCUUACCGUCAUCCGCAUCAGCAUCAUCAUCCACACCAAUAUCAGCAUCAUCAUCUUCAUCAUCGUCAACUUCAUCAAAAAGUUCACAUAAGCGAGCUCGCGGCGAGUAUAAAAGACGCGCCGCCCGAUUCCCCGGAAGAUCUGUCCAUCGGCUCGAAUCAUCACCAGCAGGCCACGCAAAUGCCUCGAAGCACCAGUCAAAUGAGCACAACGUUAGCGAAACCGCCGGAACUGAAAUUAUCCGUGAGAAAAUUAUUGGGCUGCACACCGUCGCCGCCGCCUGAGAGCAGCAACAGAUCGAGGUCCUGCAGUCCCGUCGCAGUCGAGUUCAAUAGUGGCUCGCAGCGGCUUCAUCGUUGCAGUCCAGAUGCUCCGUCGCAGCAGCAGCAACAACAGCAGCUCAGGCAUCCGGCGGCUGCCAGACUACGAUUGAUGCACGAAGACAUCGCUACGUCCAGUCCGUCCGGCAAAGGCGAAGGAACGUCAUCGAAUCACAACAACAACAGCCUCCUGCGUAGCAAUCCGAGCGGCAACGGUGCAUCGGCCAACGGCAGCAGCAGCAGCAGCGGCAGCUCGAGCGGCCCAAGCAGCACCGCAGGCCCCGGUGGUAACGGCAAACAACGCAGAUCUCGGACGAACUUCACCCUGGAGCAGCUGGCGGAGCUCGAGAGGCUGUUCGACGAGACGCACUACCCGGACGCGUUCAUGCGCGAGGAACUGAGCCAGCGACUGGGCCUGAGCGAGGCUCGCGUCCAAGUCUGGUUCCAGAACAGACGCGCCAAGUGCCGCAAGCACGAGAGCCAGAUGCACAAAGGCGUGGGCGGAGGCAUGGUACUGGCCCCUCGGAGCCCACCGACGUCGCUGGACUCGUGCCGGGUCGCGCCCUACCUUCCGGCGCUUCGGCUCCAUCACGCGGCCCAGCUCCAGUCGCAGUCGUGCACCUCCGCGGCCAACGGAGCCGCUGCCCCGAGCGCCAACUCCACCAGCAGUGCCUUCGACCCGGCUGUGCUCCACUACGCCGCGGCCGGGGGGCUCUUUUGCCUGCCCCACGCCGGGCCCGCCACCCCGAGCGGCGCCGCCACGCCACGCCACGUCGGACACGCCAACUCCUCUUUGAGCCUGGGGGUGUCCCUGGCAGCGGCUGCGGCUGCUGCGGCGGCGGCCGCCGCGGCCAGCACCAGGUCCAAGAGCAGCAGUAUCGCCGACCUGAGGCUCAAGGCUCGAAGGCAUCAGGAGGCUCUGGGCCUCGACAGGACGGCCUAGAGCUCGAGUCCACUGCCAAAGCAUUCUUUCAAGCCGACAAUUGUGAUCUCUGUACGUUAAUGUUACUCCCUAUCCGAGGGCUUAUAAUUAUCAUUACGUAGUGAUAAAAGUUUUACGAGUGCGCGACGAUGACGCAUCGACUUUAUUUAAACGUUGUCUCGUCCAUAAUCAAAAGGGCAGCUCUCUAAUCAAAAGUAUAGACAGCGAGCUGCUAUGUAAAAUAGAAAGGGGGGUGCGAACUGGCGAGAACUGAAAUUGCUCCGCUCGAAAUGAAAAAAAAAAAAAUAAAUAAUGAGGUGGAAAUUCAUGCACGGCGAAAGGUACGAAAGUAUACGUGUAAAUUAUUAUUAAAUAGACAAAAAACGAAAGAAACGUUCUAGCUUCGAUCGAUGUGCAUCAGCGUUAUAUAUAAGCUUGACCUCAUGUUCUUACUUGUUGUUUGUUGAUUUUAUUUAUUUAUUUAUUUUUUUAAUUUUUUGAAUAUAGAAAAUAGCAUAAUUAUCGCAAGCAUAAAUUUAAGAUACAGUGUAAAGUGAUGCAAAAGUAGCAGAAGAAAAAAGUUGUGUAUAGAUUAUUUGUCAAGUAUUCAUGUAAUGACUUCCGAUUCAACAAUAAAAA